AUGGUUCAAAUUGACGGAAAACAUCAUGCUGAUUACACACAGUUUGAAGGUGGAAAUGAUAGAGAAGAAGUUUUAAAAAUGUUGAUACAGUCAUAUAAGAGUCUCAGUGAGGGACAGGAUAAUUGGGUCUGUAAUUUGUCCAAUGCUUCCUCAUUGCUUUGGUAUGCAUACACAUCCCUGAAUGUUAAUAUAAAUUGGAGUGGGUUUUAUAUUACUAGAAAGGAUAAGGAGGAUGAGCUGCUAUUAGGUCCAUUCCAAGGUAAAGUUGCUUGUCAAGCCAUAGCCUUUGGUAAAGGUGUAUGUGGUACUGCAGCAUCUACACAGGAGACCCAAGUGGUUAUGGAUGUGAAUAAAUUUCCUGAACACAUUGCAUGCGAUGGCGAAACUUUAUCUGAAAUAGUGGUCCCAAUUAUCUCUUCUGAAGGCAAAACUUUAGGUGUUAUUGAUUUAGAUUGCUUAGACUAUAACGGGUUUGGAGAAAUAGAUAAAAAAUAUUUAGAAGAAUUGGCUAAAUUAAUAGUAGAAACUUGUAAUUUUCAAAGUUGA